GCGCUUCGGCGGCAAAUUUCCGCAUGCCCGCGACGCCCACCGCCUCGCAUGAGGAUACAAGGUCAGUAUUACAGCAUGUUGACGCCCUGGAGAUCCGCGAGGAAGCUGUCGUGAAGGGUUUGGAACUCGCAUGCAACCGAGCGUUCCGUGAAGAAACGCGCCUGCACAAGGCAAUGUCCAGUCCCACAUCGAACGAGCUCGUGGAAGGCGUGUACUUGGCGUGCUGGUCGUUCUUCCCGCUACUACUCGAAACCCAUCGAUCCCUUCUGCGCAGGAUACGUUUCGUGCGCAGCGUGGACCCCACGCUGCGACCUCACCGUGUCUUAACGAUCCUCGUUGAAGCCGUUCCGCACAUCGCUGCCAUCCACCAAGCAUAUGCCAUGCAAUUCCAGACAGCAGCGCGGGCCACAGCCCAGCACACGACUCCGUCCGAUCUUGUGGAUGUAUUGAAGAGUCCCUUGACAGCCUUGGACGCAUGCACGCGAUGUCUUCAUGGACUGCACUCCAUUUCCUCCGACGUCGCCGCAGUGUCAGCAGCGCUUGCUUUGUUGGACAGCGGGAUGCAUCAAGCGUUUGAGUCCAUGCAUCUUCGCCUUGUUCAGCGUCUGGACAUCGAGAACAAAGUGCCUCAUGUCGAGUGGACGAAUCGAGUUCUCGUGGAUGUGGCGGCACCUGUCCAAGUCGCCAACGCGCAGGGCCAGUUCGUAGAUGCCACCAUGUUUCUCUUCGAAGGUGUGUUGGUCGCUCAGAGUGUUCAUGAAGGCUCCAUUCUGCUCACCCUUCUCGCGGACACGUCUCCCAUCUCGAUCGUACACGCUACAGACUCUGCGAUGUGCGUCGUCCUCGGCGCCACCACCGCGUGCCACGUCACCUUUGCUUCGACGGAUGCCUGUCGCGCAUGGCUGGUUUCCCUGGCCUCGUGCUUUACCGCCCGAUUCCAGUCGGUCUUUUCUUUCGAUCUGCACGCGUUGCUGGCGUCGAUGCAGCAAUUUCCCAAGUCGUGGCUCGUAGCCGACACCGACACGGCCAACCACGACCUCGUCGCGUCUGCUGCGAUGUGGUUGAUGGAUCUGUCGGCACCGUCCGCCGCCGUGCCGCCGCGUUUGCAUCAGGUGUACUUGAUGCGGGACAUGGUUCUCUACGGCCGGAUCACGUCGCUCUCGACGUGUGAGUUUGGCGGGUACAUUCUGGGCGAGCACGUUACAGUGCACGACACGCCGUCGUCGUCGUCCGCCGCUGCCGUCUUGCAUGUGCACGCUGCUUCUCCAUUUGAAGUGGAAAUCACGCCAGAUGACGGCGGCGACGACGGCCAACCGUCCAUGUCGCAGCGGCGGCUCCUUCUCGCUCCCGUGGACCCGUCGGUUCGACAGGAAUGGGUGGAGCUGCUCCAGCAACUGAAAGCGGACGUCGUCGGUGCGUCAGACGAAAGCCAAGACUUGUAUUACUCGCCCUCCCAUCCUUCAUCCAUGGUCACAUCAUCCCACACGACCAUGGCUACGUCGUCGGAAGGUGGAAAGCAUGAAUCAAAGUCCACAAGUGAAAUCACGAGCAAUGACCAAGCUAACAAGCCAACACCAGUGCCUGAAACGACUGGCUUGAAGCCAGCUGCUCGCAUGCUUGAGAUCGACGACAUGGACCGAUUGCCCACGUCCGACACUGAAAUUGAAAGCGGUGAUGAUGAUGGUGACAGUGCAAGCUUGGACUCGAUGUUGUGCGCCAAGAACCCCCGGAAGCGGUCGUUUGCGCAGAUCCACUCGCCGUCGCCAACUCGGCAGGGGGACGAGAGGUUGAGUGGCGGAGUGGAUGAUACAUCUAUUUGUGCGGAAACCCCCGACGCUGUCGACCACAAGAGUCGACUCGUGAAUUGUUUAGCCCAAGAGGCUUCGCCGCCGUCGAAGCGUGCGAUAGCGUUUGCCUGCGACUCGGUGGACGACACGACGUCGCAGGUUUCGAUUCCGCAAGAUAAGGAAGGCGGCAAGGCUAUUCCGUGCCUUGCUACUCGACAUCAUACGGCCAUUGCUUCCAGUGUGAUCACACCUGAAGUACCUGCACCGCCAUUCGCUGCUGCAGAAGUAGAAGGCACCAUAUCCCAUGUACCUGCGACACGGCGCCCGUCGAAACCACAUAAGAAGACUAGCCGACGCACAACCAAGUCACCCACCAAUGCUUGUACUGCACUGGGCCUGCAACACACUGCCAAAGUCGCCACCUCGUCCAACGCAACCGACUUGUCCGAUGGGGUUCCGUCGGAGUUGCCGCCAUCGACGCAAGAGAUGGAAGGCGGCGCUCUCCAAUUCCUGCGCGACGUCCCAUUUGCAUCGAAACCGUCGGACGACGACGACGCCACGAGCAUUCGCAUUGCCUUGUCAGGGUUUGAUGAUCCCACCAGCUUGUUCUCCAAGAUUGCAGCGAUCCGCCACGCCGAGUAUGAGGACGACGUAGGCCGCGCCACGCACAUCGUCGCGCCGUCGGGGGUGCUCAAGCGCACGGUCAAGAUCCUCUGCGGUAUUUCCAGCUGCGAUCACAUUUUGGACGAAGAGUGGCUCCAUGCGUCGGCCAAGCUGGGCCGCGCGGCCCCCGAAGUGCCGUUUUGCCUGUCCGAUCCGGCCAAAGAGGCGCGGUGGGGGUGUUCGUUGCAGGCCACCAUGUACGACCACUCGCGGGUCCAACGCCAGAGGCUGCUGGCCGGCCGAGCGUUCUUCGUUACCCGCCACAAGACGGUACUUCCGCCGCCGCAGGACCUCGAGCGCAUCAUUGUGUGUGCAGGUGGCCAGAUGCAGGCAGCCGCGGACGUUGGACCAGACACUAUAGUGAUCACGUCCGUGGAAGCGGCGGCGGCGCCGUCGAUUCAAAAGAUCCUCAAACGAGUCGAUCGUACGCAAUGCUACACCCCGGAAUUGCUCCUCCGAUGCAUUCUGACCCAGAAGUUGUCGUUGAACGAGUACCACGUUGGGCUCCCCGAUCGACAUGAGAAGAAGGCGACAAGGAAGAAAUAUCAUUAACUUAAGUGGAUCGAAUGUGCCAAGCAGUGGUGUUUAUGGGGUUGAGGACACCAUGGCGAUGGGUGUGGAGGUGGUGGUGGUGGGGCGACCUCAAAGUCUAGAGUGCAGGGAACUGGACGCGUCCUUCCAUGGGUGCGAAACAUCAAACACGUGUCGUUGUACCUAAGCCGUCAAACACUUUAGUUGGCCAUGUAGUACAACUGCAUGACACGGCGACAUGCAUAUACCAAGGCAAUGCCAUGUUCAUCGGCAAACGACAGCUGCUUCUUCUUGGCAUGCGUGGCGUCAACGACAGGUUCGUCACAACCUUGAGGUAUCGUGACAUCAACGAACGGCAGGAGGCGCAAGAUGGAUUUCGCGCCGAGGGACGCCGAUAGCAUUUCAACUUCAGAAGUGUGAUGAUGGCGUCGCUCGCUUGCUUGGUCGCUCUCUCUCUCUGCUUGGUCGCUCUCUCUGUCUGCUUGGUCGCCCUGCCUUUUCUUGGCGGUUUCAACAACACGAUUAAUAAUAUGGCACACUCCU